UUCUUCUCUUUCUUUAGCCCUUUCUUUCUUUGCCACUAUAGAGUAUUGUACUUGGUACCGUAUACGGGGUGCCCUGUGAGACUGGAGGGCCGCUCAGGGCAACCGAAAAAAGAAGGGAAACAGACGUCCUGUCAGGCACUUCAUUUCGACAAGGCGCGCGCGAUACCACUCUGGGCCCGCCCUUCCCCCCUGCCCCCCUCUUCUUUUUGGCGUGUGGUAACGUCCCGUCCACUCAGUCAUUGUUUCCCCAUGAUGAAGAGGAGCUCCCCUAAAGAUUGAGAGAGGGAUCGUCAGGUUCAGGCAGUGUUCCAUUGGGGAGAAGGAAUCCCACCCCUCUCCGCUCUCUGGCUCAUCAGCCACCUUUCGGGUGGGGAGAGACGAGGUGAUGAGAUGAGAAUGUGGAGAUCAUGCCUCUGUGGGAGAUCAGGAGAUCAGCACAAGAAAGUCAAUGUGCAUGAUCUCGAGGAGAAGGAGGAGGAAGAAGACGAAGAAGACGAAGAAGAGAGGGGGGUUGGUGUUGUGGAAAGAGAGGUGGACGGUCCGUUGCGGUGGGUGCGAACCAACGCACUCCCCCCCGGAUCCACCACAGCCAACACUGCCCGGCCCACCGACCGCUUCCUUUCUCACUAGGACGAAAUAAAAUAACAUGCCCAUGAUCUCC